CAUAUUAGUCUGGAACCUUGAUAAAUCCGGGGGCAAACCAACCUGUUGCUUACGCGACUGCCCUUGCUCCCACCAAACCCAGCGGCGAAGGGCAGCGGAGGACCGGAGGUCGAAUCAUCCAUCGUUGACGCACCCCGCACAAAUCAGAGAAUGUGGUGGGAUUGGGACGAAGAAUUCGAAGAAGACGAAGAAGCACAAGCGCGGCAAGGAUCUCCGACCGAUUUCGAUUUCUUCGCCUUCCUAUCCAAGCCAAAGGAUUACUACAAGAUACUGGAAGUUGAUUACGAUGCUACUGAAGAUGCAAUUCGCUCCAACUUCAUCCGUUUGGCAUUGAAAUGGCACCCUGAUAAGAAAAAGGAGGAAAGUGCUACUUCAAGAUUUCAAGAAAUUAACGAGGCAUACAAAGUUUUAAGUGAUCCUGUCAAAAGACGAGAGUAUGAUGAAAAGGGUGUUCUUGUAAUUCAAGACUUCAAUGCCAUUGAAUUCCUGAAGAGACACAAGGGCUUGAUAUUAACAUGCAAUGGCUUGGGCAUUAGACCUCCACUAUGGUGAAUCAAAUUGCAAGUUCAUAUUAAGCAUCACCCAAGAUUUCUCAUGCAGGAUACCAAUCAAAUAGAUAAAUGUAACCUACUCGCAAAUUAAAACUAUAAACUGUAUACAAUUUCUAGUUAUUUGUAUAUGUUGGGCCUGUGCCCUUGAAUGUAUUGUUGCUUGGGCAAGCUUCAGCCUUUUUGUAAAAUUACCUCCAGAGUUUGUUCACUCAGCUCUGCACCGAUUGGAUAAUCGUUUUGUCAAA